AAGUGUAAUGGAUCAUGACAAUGCAUCAGAAGCUUCUGGGAAUAUCUCCGAAUCACAUCCUUCUGUUUCUAGAGAGUGCUCCAAAUCACAUGCUACUGUUGAUUCCGCGUCUACUAAGGCUGUUGCAUGGUACACCGACAGACGCAUACGCAAUCUGGAGAUGAAAUCUAGCCAGAGGAGGAGAUGAUUCUACCGAUGAAGAUGAUGAUUAAAAAAAUACUCAAAAAA